CAGCAUUAUCUCAUCGAGUUAUCCACCCACUCCUUGUACACAGCCCUUCAGUCGGACUCUGACACCCAGCACUUCCAUUUCCAUAUUUCAGUCCAGUCUGUCAUCUAUCCAUCCAUCUAUUCAUCCUGCCAGGCAACACCGUGCAUGGCUCCGGUGUCAUUUCUCCUCAGGUAAAAAGGCUCUUGGACUGACUGUUGCUCCACCAGCACCGCGUCCUCAAUCAGCCAGCAUGGAGGAGCUCCAGAGGAAACUGAAUCAGCGCUAUGAAGGCAGCAAGCCCAGAAAGGUGAGGUUCAAGCUGGCGUCAUCGUACAGCGGCCGCGUCCUGAAGCACGUGUACGAGGAUGGUCAGGAACUGGACAGCCCGGAGGAGAAAUACCCUCACAGCUUCAUCCACCGCAAGAUCCCCCCCAGCCACCUGGAGAUGGAGCAGCUCUGUGGGUUUGAGGACAUGCAGGGGGACCAACAGGAUGUGUAUCCUCCCACAGGGCUCAUUGCCCAGAGAAUAAACGUGUACAGAGGGAUGGGAGGCUACAGACCCAUGGUCGACCAAGCUGAGGAAGCAGAGGGAGAUGCCAAAUCCCCGGUGCUGGACUUUGGCAAGAUCAUCAUCUACACCAGCAAUCUGCGCAUCAUCAGAGCACCACCGAGGAAGCCCGACGCCUCGCGACACCACGCAGCGCCCGCUGUGGUCUUGGAGGGCCACCCACAGGCCAGGGAGCGGGGGAGCAGGAGGAAGGCGAAAGCAAUCUGCGCCCAGGAGGAGGAGGUGGAGAACCAGCCCAGUGACACAGAGGACAAGGAGGUAGCCAGUUGCCAGCAUUGUGGUGGUUCGGGCUGUGCUCCCUGCUCUCUGUGUCACGGCAGCAAGCUGUCCAUGCUGGCGAACCGCUUCAAUGAGUCCAUCAGUGAUCUGCGCUGCCAAGCCUGCUACCCCCAUGGUCUGGAGAAGUGCCAGUCCUGCUCCAGCAAAUAGCACCAUUUGGCUGACACCCAUGUCUGGCAUUGAGCGAGAAAAUGAGUGAGUGAAUGAGUGAGUGAGUGAGUGAGUGUAUCUGUGCAUGUGUGUGUGUGUGUGUGUGUGUGUGUGGUGCGUGUGUACUGGAUGUCCUAUCAGCUUGUCAGAAUUGUCUCUGCGGCAAUAUUGCCCUAAUCCAAAAUGUACUUGGUGGGGUGUUUCGAAGCGCUACUAGGAAACAUAAGCCAUCAUUGGAAAAGAGAAUUGUAACUGUGCAGUGGGCGAAAAAUCAUAAAAUACAAUUACUGUGUGCAGUGAAUAUGGCUCACGAUAAGACAAACACAUAAUCACUCUUUUGUUGUUGCAUAUUAUUUUGCAUCUGCACCCUUUUCGGUGAUAACACCGGGUUCCGCGACAGAGUUAUCAUUUUAAUUAAAACGAUGCAAACAAUUCUGCAAUUUAUUUCAUCCAGAGGGAAAAGCUGCCCUGUUCCUAUCUUUGCUCUCUACUCACCGGAGAGAUCGAAGCCUUUUUAUCUCUCAGCACUAUGCAUGCACUACGACAGUAACUGAUGCUUUCAUUUAAUCAAAGUAGUAGAUAGUUAAAAUCAAAGGAAACUUAAUGAUUGAAGCAAAACACAGAUAAAAGUAGAAUAAAGAAAUAGAGCUGGACAGAGAGAGGAGGACAUACAGAUGGUGAGAGAAAAAAGAGGCAAACAGUUUAAUAAAUGGUAAUAUGGGGACAUAGGUGAGGUCAGAGGAGUAUUAUUAAGAGGAUUUUUUUUUUUCAAAGAAAUGGUUAGGGAUGAAAUUAACAGAGAGACACAGAGGAGAAAAAUAUGGAUAAAUCAAAAGCUAAAUGAAUUGUAACAGUGGAGCAAUAGGUCAGCUCAGGAAAUUAUGAUGAAAUGUUUUAAAUUGACAGUGACUAAUUCUCAGGUGAUUGCCAUUCUGAGUUGUUGUUUCUGAGCUUGUUCCACACAGUUUUGGUAUAUGAAUU